AUGCUUAAUCAUGGUAUCUUACCUGAUAAUGUUGUUACUCCAAGUGCACUAAAAGCUUGUGCUGGGCUGUUGGCACUGAAAAUUGGUAGACAGAUUCAUAGCUUGGUUAAAGUUUGUGGGUUUGAAUCGGAUUCAUUUGUUCAAUCUUCUUUGAUUGAUGUGUAUGUAAAAUGUGGUGAAAUUAAGUAUGCUCAUAUUCUGUUUGACAGAAUGAGUCACAGAAAUGUGGUUAGUUCAAGUGUUUUAAUUGCGGGUUAUGCUCGGCAAGGAUACGUCGAUGAGGCAAAAAAGUUGUUUAAUGAGAUGAGGGAUUCGGGGGUUGAGCCUAAUCUGAUAACUCGGAAUGGUUUGAUUGCGGGUCAGCUCGAAGAUCUGAAGGUGGGAAUUCAAGUUCACUCUUAUGUGAUCAAGCAAGGUCUUGGGCCGGACAAUUGGGUCGUUAGUGCACUAAUUGACAUGUAUGGGAAGUGUGGUUGUGCAACAAAAUUGCUGCAAGUGUUUAAAGAGAUGGCUCAUAUGGAUGUGGUCUCCUGUAAUGCGCUGGUUUCUGGACUCUCUCGAAAUGGCCGUGUUGAUGAUGCACUAAAGAUGUUUAGACAGUUCAACAACCAAGGGAUAAAAUUAAAUGUCGUGUCUUGA